CUAUCUUUCACAGUCUCACAGACAUUCCACGAUCGGCCGUGGGCUAAUCGGAUUGAGCUUGUAUAGUUAUUCGAUUUUUCUAGUGUUCGCGUCUCGUUUUUAAGAAUCGUCUCGUUUCAUGACUAGUUAAUAAUUUACGAAUAACAAUAACAAUAAAAAUGUACGAAAAAAAAUGUCUGUUAACGUGUGCCGUACUGUUCCAUUUAUCGGCGUACGGUAUGGUUGCUGCUGGAUCACCGACUGGUGUGUACAUGGACAAUGGUGUCCAGACUGUUAAGAAAGAUCUCAUGUCGGUUGAGGAGCGGAAUGAAGUUGAACAAGAGAUACUGACCAUGUUUGGUGUACCAAAAAUACCACGAAAAUCUCCAAAAAAUCUAGACGGUUCAGCGCCACAGUUUUUGUUUGACGUCUAUAGAUCCAUUCAACAAGAUGGUUUACAUGACAGAAAAACAAGAAGUGUUUCGGAUGUUGGUCAAUAUGAUGAUCGUACAGUACAAGAUAGUGAUGUCAUUAUCACACUAUACCUAUCAAAUCAUUCUCCAGUUAGUAAUGUUCGGCAUGAACAUGGUAAACGGAUUUUAUUUGAAUUAAAUGAUGUACCACCUGAAGAAACUCAUAUGAUUACUUCAGCUGAAGUUCAUUUGUAUCAAUCUGGAACUUUAAGUAGUGUUAAAAAGUAUUCAGUAACAUUGUACCAAGUAUUAAUUUCAAAAAAUGGAGAAAAAGAAUUAGAAUUUGUGGAUACCCAAAAUACAACAACAGAUUAUGAUGGAUGGCUUCGGUUUAAUGCAACUGGUGCUCUAGUUUCUUGGACCCAUUACUCAUGUCCUAAUAGAGGAUUAUAUGUUUCUGUGCAUUCUCAUGAUAAUGAAGAUCAUGAAAUCAAACCUGAAGAAAUUGGUAUGGUGACUUGGGCUGACAAACACCAAUUAUCUGAAGCAAAAAAACCUUUUAUGGCUGUUUAUUUGAAGUCCAGAAAUGGAGGUAAUAUAGUUGGAGGUCCUUCUCUUCAAAAACAUUAUAGACGAAGAAGAAGGAAAACUAUUGAAAGUAGCUACAACUCAAACCCAUUUCAAAAUAUAGCAGAUGGAUUUCAAUCCAGAAGUUGUCAAAUACAGACCUUAUAUGUGAGCUUCAGAGAUCUUGAAUGGCAGGAUUGGAUAAUAGCGCCAGAUGGUUAUGGUGCAUUUUAUUGCACAGGCGAAUGUAAUUUUCCACUCAAUGCUCACAUGAAUGCAACUAAUCAUGCAAUUGUCCAAACAUUGGUGCAUUUAAUGAGUCCUCUACAAGUCCCUAAACCAUGCUGCGCUCCAACAAAAAUGGCUCAACAAGCAGUACUAUUUUUUUUGGAAGAUAACAAUGUUAUAUUAAAAAAGUAUAAAAACAUGAUAGUAAAAAGUUGUGGGUGCCAUUAGAAAUGUCUCAUUUAGCUUAUAAUGAAAAGUCUUAAGGGCUGUUAAAAAAAAAAUCUGAAAUUGACAAUUAUUUUUAAGGAACUUUUUUUUACUCUAUUGUCUUAAGUUUAUUGUUAACUAUUGUGUAAUUUAUUAGCACUGCUAACCAUUUACACAAAUAAAAAAGUAUAUGAUUUUUAUACUGAAUUC